UUUCCACACUGAGCCUAUGAUCACGACAUUUUGCCUUGAAGUCGAACCUGAACCUGUGGGAAUAAUUUGGAAACUUGGAGGUCAUUCCAGCAGCUCUUCAUCCUGAGAGGCAAAUGUCCAGUCCACUAGAGCGGGUUGUAGCCCAGAAGAAGGAGGCCAUUGAAGCCGUAAUGGAGAUGUUUGAGAGAGGAGCCGAGGUGCUGGCCAGCGCUGUUGGGGAGCUGUGUCCUCUUUUUGAAGCUUCUGCUCCAGUUUUGAGGCUGGUCUUGGACAAUGUGGAAAGCAAGGAGGUCACAUAUGUCAAAGAUCAGUUUCUAGUUGUGAGAAGCAAAUUAGAUGUCCUCUCAUGUCAGUUACAGGACAUUGACUCUGAGAUCAGAAGGAGACGUUUGGAUACCCAGUUCUUCUCUGUGGAGGAAAAUUUGCGGAACCAGUUUAGAAAAUACAUAGAUAUUCUGGAGGCUAAACCUGAGUAUAAGGAAGUCAAAAAGCGCUUGUUCUUAGAGCAUUUUUUCAUAACAGGUGGAGAGAAAAACCUCUGUGUGCUUUAUAAUGCUGUGAUGGGAAACAGCACAUUUGGGGAACCGAUCCUGGAUGUUGUGGAACAAUACGAGGCCAGAAACAGAAGGGUCCUGGAAGAUUUCUGCGUCAGACUGAAGGAGCUGCUCUGCUUGGGAAUCAUCGCUCUGCUGGGAUAUUGUUUUCUUACUCAGGGUGAGGAAUCAGAGCAGGAGAAGAUUCAAGAGUGGAGCACGAAAAUCCAAGAAAUUGAGAUGAAAAUGAAGGAAACGAUAGAGAAAUGUGUGGAUUUGUUUCCAGAGCAAGCUGAAUUGGACAUCAAGAGGCUUGUGAAGGAGAAAGAAGAUGAGAACAUUCAGGAAACAGCCAAGGAACUGCUGGACUUCCUGAUGAAGAAGUACGACUGGGUGAGCUGGUCCAUCAGAGUCAUUAGUAACUUGGGCAAAAUUAGAAACUUGAGAGCCGGACAGAACUUUCAUUGUGUGGCCGGACAGAAUUAUUUUGAAGUAUCUCAAGGAAAUGACAUCAACCUGGUGGUCUCCUUCAGCAGCAAGCCUCAGCCUGUGCCCAACGAGAGCGUAAAGCAGAUGAUGGAAGGCCCUGCGAGGAAGGGAGACGCCAAAGCUGUUGUGGAGCUUCUGGAGAAGCAGUUAUCUGGGUUUCUGGUUCACGCCGUCAGUCGUCACAAGGACAGCUUUGCUCUGUCGAGUUUUCCUGAAGAAUGUCACUACUGGGAGAAACAAAAGAACGUGAAUCUCUGUGUGCAUUCAGAGUAGAUUUAGACAUAAACAUAUAAUUACUAUUAUUAUAUUGUUAACAUUUUGCAACUGCAGCAUUGUUUUUUCUUUAUUCAUGAUCUAUAUGCCUUGAAAAACUCAUUGUUCACUCAAAGUCAUUGUUAUAUGUUCAUUGUAAGGUUGCUAUCACCUGUCCGACUGUACAUUUAAAAAAUGAUAAUUUUAACAAUCUCUUUUGCUUUAUGAAAAGGAACAGUUCAUCCAAAAAUUCUGCACAUUCCAUGAAAAAAAGGCUAUUUGUUUAGAACUGUUCUGGACUGGUUUUGCUUGUAAACGGGGCCUGCUCUGUGCAUACUUCUCUCCUAAAUAAGACAAAAUGACUUUUUCACCAGAGAAAGCAAUAUUAUAAAUAGAGGACUUGCAUUUUAGCUGGAAGCAAUGGUUUGAAGUUAAAUAGGCCUUGAUGAUGGAUUUGUUUCUUACAAACACGCAGCUUUUGGCUUUACAUGACGUUAAUUGAUGGACUGGAGUGGUGUGGAUUACUUGUGGAUUAUUGUGAUGUUUUUAUCAGCUGUUCGAUCUCUCAUUCUGACGGCACCCAUUCACUGCAGAGGAUCCAUUGGCGAGCAAGUGUUGUAAUGCUAAAUUUCUCAAAAUCUGUUCAGAUGAAGAAACAAAGAGGAUGGCCUGGGGGUGAGCACAUUUUCAGCUAAUUUUCAUCUUUGGGUGAACUAUUCCUUUAAACAUAUUGAGCACCAUGUAAUUUCAACUGCCAUAUUUUCAAACAAAAUAUGUUGAUUAUUUGUGAUUUAUUACUGUGCAUGUUUGCAUCAAAAUGUUAUAAUAUAACAAUGUCUAUACCAUUCCCUUUAAAUGCAGUAGGCAGCAAUGUUAAAUGUUGUGAUGUUGUGUAAACAAAUGCUUUGUAGUAAUAAAAACUGAAGCAAUACGACUUGGAAGUACUGCAAAGAAAAGUGUUUCCCCAUUUAGCCUGCAUGAUAAUGACGUGAGCUGACAGUAUCUGUUCCUCAUCAGCCAUAAAAAAGCCCACGGCAAGACGUCUCAGGAAACUAAUGCAUGUCUUGCACAGCAGAGAGCGCAUGAUGUUAGACUAAAGUACACCCUUUAAAAAUUCAUGUUGGUUCAACUUGAACUUACACACUGCCUAGAAACACCUGAGGUUCAAUUGUUUACUGAUUUAGCUUUUUUCAAGAUUAUUUGCAAUAAUAAAUCUGAUUUCAUUUUCCUGUUUUGUAUGAGAUGUUUCACAUUAACAUGACUUACAAGCGAUUGUUGACAUUCAUUGCUAUUAACUCUCUGAAGUGGACACAUAUAGCACUCAAAGCCACAUCUAAUUAAAUUACUGCUUUUGUACAGAAGUCAGCAGUUUCUGGCCAGGGGCUGCAGAAAUAGAGGGUGAGUAACCUUUCGCUGUUAAUAUACAGACGACGAGCUCCAGAGUGCUGUGUUCAGCUCUCCAGAUCCACUCAUUAAGAUCACUGAAGUGCGGAAAGAGGGAACAAUCCAUCAUUUAACACUCACAAGGGCCUUAAGUUAGAAUGUGAUUCUAUUUUAUGCUGCUGCCACAAAAAUUAUGUUUUUUUUAAAAAAGCAGAUCAGAUGUUAGUGUCUUCACAUAAAGACAGAAGAUUUGGUGUCUGGGACAAAAAUAAAAUAAAAAGAAAUAAUUAAUUGUGAAAAUAGAUGACAUUUCUUCUGUUCCAGAGGUAUUUUUCCCAUUCAUUUUCACCGUACAGAAAAUAAAUUGGGGCAAAAGUGCUCAAAGUGUCCGAGAUCAUGAUCCAAACAAACCAGCUGUGAGGUGAAAGAAAACAUUUCAAACUUUACACAUUUUUUAUUUUAUCUUUUUUUAAAGUCACAGUAAAAGUUAAAUUGUAAUAGGAAAUUGUUAAAUUUAUGAAGAACUUUUCAUCCCAUAAAGCAAUGAAAAUAAUGUGAAUCAAAAACAAUGACACAAUGUAAAACUACUGAUAUACACCAGUGUUAUUUUAAUAUUAUUAGUAUUAUAUUUUUUGUUGAUAAUUUUAAUCGGAUUUUAAAAAUCAAUUAAGUAAUAAAUUAAUUAAUUUGAGUUAGUUUUAGUAAUUUUGUUGUGUUUUUGCCAUUAGGCCUAUUACCGUAGUUUUUUUUUUUUUUUUUGUAAUGUCUUUUUGGCUUGCUCAGGGGACACUUAAUUUCUAGCGAUUAUCGCCGAUUUGAUUGCACAGAUACUAUUUAAACUAAAUGACAAUGACAUCUCUGAAUUCAAUAAUGAAAUGCCUUUAACUGAAAAUUGAGUGUUUAAUCUUAUCAUCAUACAUUACUGACACUCUGUCCUCCAAUUUGAUACUGUUAAGUGCUUUGACACAAUCUGUAUUGUUAAAAGCGCUAUAUAAAUAAAGGUGACUUGACUUGACUUGACUUUAUAGUUUUUAUUUUUAUUUUUAAUUUUUAGUUUUAGUUAUUUUAGUACUUUAACUUAAGCUAAAUAAAAAUGUUGGCUUGGCAACUAGAUGAAAUAAGGUUUAAGAUUUUUUUUACAUUUGAUCUUAUUUCAAGCAAUGGGAUUUUUAAUGAUGAAACCCCUGAUUUAUUGCAAAUUAUUCAAUAUAAGCUAUACAAACACAUAAGUACUUAAAAAAGGCGCGUUUACUUCACUUGGAUUCUGUAUUAUUUCGCAGAUUUGAAACUUCAAUGUGCAAAGCUUCCGGUGUGAUUUGCUUCCAGUUAUUUUACAUAUACAAAACAGUCCAUUAUGCUGUUUGAUACUGUAUUUUAUUACCAUGUUAUUUUAAUUAAUGAACAUAAAUCACAUUGGUUUGUAGUGCCAAUAGUUUUACUGUUUACUGCACUUUGUUGUUCUUCAAGUUCUGAAUGAUUCUGAAGUCUCGGGUAUUAAAAGAAAACAGCUUACUUUGCUAUUUUUAUUUGCGUUGCAAAAAUAAAGUGGACUGAAACUCCUGUAGGCUAUUCAUUAGCGGUUGAUGCUUCUGUCUUGGUUGGAGUUAUAUUGAUCCAUGUAGCCUCCAUCUCUGAUAAAGUUUUUUUAGUUACACCCGUCUGUUACUAAAUCAAAACAUAUGUAUUUUAUUUUGGUAUGACAUAGCGACAAUACAGUUGAAAUACAUUACUUUUUACAAUAAAUAAAAAUAAAUAUUGUUUGUUGUUAUACACAUUCUGCUGGCAGAUGGCGCUAAAACACAUUGGAACUAAUGAAUGGAUGUUUUAUUUCACCAAACGUCGCUAAUGACAGCUAAAUAGUGAACCACAGAAAAAAAGCUGUGAUAUUUUACUACAAACUGCUUCUGACUUUGUUGUUAUAUAUUGAAAAUAAUGGCCCUACCUACUCCAGAAAAGUCAAUAUCAAUAUUUAAUAAACCAAUAAGUGAUUUUAUGAAGCCCAACAUCAUAGUACUGCCAGGGGUGGUGGAUCAAUCCCAGGAUACCUCACUCUGGCUGCAUCUGCCGAUCACAGCCUGAGCUAAUGACAUUACCUAUUCAUCAGAGUGGACCAUCGACCGGCCUCCUGCCUUUAAGUGGCCUGAUCUGAUAAAAAGCAUUAAAACAUUUGUAC